CUGCGGAUGCUGGUGCCCACGCAGUUUGUUGGCGCGAUCAUAGGAAAGGAGGGCUUGACCAUAAAGAACCUUACUAAGCAAACCCAGUCCAAGGUUGACAUCCACCGGAAGGAGAAUGCGGGCGCGGCUGAGAAGCCCAUCACGAUCCACGCCUCGCCCGAGGGCUGCGCCGAGGCAUGUCGCAUGAUCCUCGACAUCAUGCAGAAGGAGGCUGAUGAAACCAAAUCAGCAGAAGAGAUUCCCUUGAAAAUCCUGGCACACAACAGCCUGGUGGGGAGGUUGAUUGGCAAGGAGGGUCGUAACCUCAAGAAGAUCGAGCAGGACACAGGCACGAAGAUCAUCAUCUCCCCCUUGCAGGAUUUAACCAUUUACAACCCCGAGAGGACCAUCACGGUGAAGGGCAGCAUGGAGGCCUGUGCCAAUGCUGAGGUGGAGAUCAUGAAGAAACUGCGAGAGGCCUAUGAGAACGAUGUGGUGGCUGUCAAUCAACAAGCCAACCUGAUCCCAGGACUGAACCUUAGUGCUUUGGGCAUCUCCACGGGGCUGUCCGUGCUCCCAUCCACCCCAGGGGCCCGAGGGGCUGCAGCAGCCACCCCAUACCAUCCCUUUGCACAGCAGAGUGGGCGGAGGAGAACGGGCUCCUCAACCUAUCUAUCAGGUCUGUACGGAUCCCCCCUGGCUGGCGCCUUCCCCCACCAACACUCCCUGCUGGAGCAGGAGGUUGUGAACUUGUUCAUCCCCACACAGGCGGUGGGGGCCAUCAUCGGGAAGAAGGGGCAGCACAUCAAGCAGCUGGCACGGUUUGCUGGUGCCUCCAUCAAGAUCGCCCCAGCAGAAGGUCCUGAUGCCAGCGAGCGGAUGGUCAUCAUCACCGGGCCACCCGAGGCCCAGUUCAAGGCUCAGGGGCGAAUAUUUGGGAAGCUGAAAGAGGAAAACUUCUUCAGCCCCAAAGAAGAAGUGAAGCUCGAAGCCCACAUCAAGGUGCCUUCCUUCGCCGCCGGCCGUGUCAUUGGCAAGGGUGGCAAGACGGUGAACGAACUGCAGAAUUUAACAAGUGCAGAAGUCAUUGUGCCACGAGACCAAACCCCAGACGAGAACGAGGAGGUCAUUGUAAAAAUCAUUGGGCAUUUCUUUGCCAGUCAGACUGCCCAGCGCAAGAUCAGGGACAUUGUGCAGCAGGUGAAGCAGCAGGAGCACAAACAGGCUCAGGGAGCCGUGGCCUCGCAGCACAGCAAGUGA